UCAGGAGCGACAGGGGCGCUAGGUGACGAGCUGUCGCUGGGGGAGGGGGCUUGGGGAAGCCAUCGCCUGGCUGCCCUGCCAGGAAACGUUAACAUCUGUAGUCCGAGGGGUGCGGGGACUCUGGGGCCGGCGGCGACGAUCAGGAGGGUAGUGAGGCCGCCGCGCGUGCCAGAGCCCACCCUCUCUGAUCCCAUGGCGCGCGGCGUCCGCCUUGGAAGCGCACGGUUCCGCUGCCGGUGCCUCUGGCCGCCGCGACCCUGGCUCCCCGUGGCGAUGAGGGGGUAGAGAGACGCCUAGUGCCCGCCUCCCGCCGGGGUUCGGUCCACCGGGUGAGAAGGACGCUUGGUCCAGCCGCCUGGCUGACCAGGCACCCCCCUCCUUGUCCCCCUGGGGGCGCUGCCGAGGGGCUCCGCCACCCAUGAGGUGUAAGCGCCCGGCCGCGCCCGGCGCCUGCCACUGAAGCCAGGACGCGCGGCCGCGGCGCCCCCGCGCCCCGCGCCUGAGCCUGCCGCCCUCCCCCAAGAUGUGGCACAACGUCGGGCUGACCCUGCUAGUGUUCGUGGCCACGCUGCUGAUCGUCCUGCUGCUGAUGGUGUGCGGUUGGUAUUUUGUGUGGCAUCUUUUUUUAUCAAAAUUCAAGUUUCUGCGGGAACUGGUGGGAGACACUGGGUCCCAGGAGGGAGAUCAUGAGCCGUCAGGGUCUGAAACAGAAGAUGAUGCUUCAUCGACGUCUCCACACAGGAUCAGAUCUGCGCGUCAGAGGAGGGUGCCUGCUGACGAAGGCCACUGACCCCAGCUGGCGACCUGUGUUAGCAAAUGAUGGAAGGCAAUUGGGAGCCUGUCUUUCCUGACUUUUGGCUUUGCAAUUCGCUAAAAAAUUGAAGAACACUUGUUCUUGGAUUUUAGAUUUUUAAGUCCAAUUUAAAAAGAUUUGCAUGUAAGCCAUAUGAAAAUAAAGGGAAUUAAAAUCAAAUUCAACCACUGCAAUUUCAUUUUUAAAUAACCUUGCUUCACUGUCUUUCUUCUUACAUUCUUAUCCCUUUGUCUUUUUGAGCUUAUUUUCUUGCAGUGGUUUGAAUCUGGUAAAUAUUAACAGGUUGGAAGAACCAUAUUUUAUUAGUUAUGCAUUUUCCCCACACAUUUAACCUUGUCUGAAAUUGGGAGGCAUCUCAUGAUUACUGUCAACCAGGCAAUCAUCAUGAGCAAUUAUCUCAGCCUGUGUUUGUGUGAACUUACAGAUGGUUACAGCUUCCUCACUGUAUUGUUGGUAUUAAACCUUGUCAUGUUUUGUUAGCAUUAAGAAAUGUCUUUUAAAAAAAAUAUACUUUGAAUCAGGAUGGAUACCUAAAGUUAUUAUGUCUGUAGAAAAGCACAGAAAUACAGUAGUGGGCAUCCAUUUGGUAUUAGUGAAGGAAAUGUCCAUUCCUUGAGGAAUUACUAAAAUUCCAUUAUUUUCUUAUAAAGCAAAACAAAAUGUUCUACAGGACCCACAAGUAGAUGAACCUGUACUGUAUUUUGUGACUGAGUUAUAUGCAAAAGGAUUCCCUAUAUUAUGCCACCCAUUGUAGAAGCAUGGGGGAAAUUGCCAAAAACCCUUGAAAUAGGUGAAACAAUUCAAAGCAAUGUGAGACUAAUGUUAUUGAUUCAUAUGUCAAGUAGAUGAUCGUAAGGUGUCAAACGUUUUGUCCCGCGCUUCCUGCUAACAUCAAACAGGACAGUGGAGCACUCUUUCAAGAAAUGCUAUAUCACCGGUCCACCAAAAGUGGUAUUUCAUGGAAGAAUUUAGACAUCAAUGACUUAUUUUAGAAAUAAUUCAAAGGAGUUGGACUCAGAAUAUGAAAUUAUAAUUGUAACUUAACUAAUUUAUUUCAUACACAUUCUUUACAUAUGUACAAGUUAAAAAUUUGACACUAAAAAAGUGCUUCAAUAAAUAUAAAAUAAACAUUCUAUGUGAUGAAAGUAUUGUGUCACUUUGUAUUUUGUCUUAGGGAUACAUGUGGUGCAUCUUAAAAUUGAUGGUAUUUUGGAUUAGAUAAAAAUUAGUUUGUGAAUAUAUUUUUCUUUCAGCAAUUGCCAUUAUUGAGGAACUUAAUUCCAACUCUUAAAAUAAGAUAUUCAUCCUCUGUAACAUUCUUUUUUUUUUUGGCAAUGUGUUCAAGAUUCUAGAGCAGUAACUUGAAAAUCUACAAACUCUUCUACUUUAGAGGUCUUAAUUACUCCUUUUCUGUGGGAGAACAUCACAUCCAAGGCAUGUGUUUCAGAAAACAAAAAACAAGUGCCAAGACUUCAGAGCUACUGGGUACAGGGGAAAAAUAGAGUAGUUAAAAAUACUAGCUUCAUUGUAAAAUGACAGGUUUUCAAGUUUGUUCUAACUGACUUUUGAACAGAGUGUUUACUGGGAGGGAAAGAUAAGGAUAAAGAAACUCCCUGUUCAGUGUUAUCUGCUUAUUGUAAGAAUUAGAAUGCCAGCUUUUAAUCUAAGUACUCUUACAUUAUUAACCCUUGUUUUUCUAGUCAUCACAGAAUAUCACCUCUGAUUUAUGAUAGUGUGUGAUUGUAUUAACAUACUUCUUGCGAUUGUUUGUCAUUCAUUUGCUGUGCCCCUGUUCCUUAUGAACAGUCCACUCAUUAUAUCCCCUGGGACACCAGAAAGGCAUGCAUGGAGCAUGCAUGUCUCUUCCCCAACAUUGAAGAAAGGCCUACUCUAUCUGAUUUCAUUCCCUUGAUGUAAUUUUUUAUUUUUAUGUGAGUGGGAUAUACAGUGACACAGAUUUCAAGUAUUAAUUAAUAAUGUCUGAUGCUAGCUAUAUGUCACUAAAGUAAUGAUCCUCUGGGCCCUCCCUGGUGGCACAACAGGUUGGAGCACAGCACUGCAAGCUAGCAGAAGCCACUUCAGU